CCGGACGCCGGAAGUGGCUCUCCGCCCCUGCCACUGGGCCAUGGAGACUGUGGCACAGUAGAUUGUAGUGUGAGGCUCACGGGGGCAGUGGCCAUGGAGGCCGUGCUGAACGAGCUGGUGUCUGUGGAGGACCUGCUGAAAUUUGAAAAGAAAUUUCAGUCUGAGAAGGCAGCAGGCUCGGUGUCCAAGAGCACGCAGUUUGAGUACGCCUGGUGCCUGGUGCGGAGCAAGUACAAUGAUGACAUCCGUAAAGGCAUCGUGCUGCUCGAGGAGCUGCUGCCCAAAGGGAGCAAGGAGGAACAGCGGGAUUACGUCUUCUACCUGGCCGUGGGGAACUACCGGCUCAAGGAAUACGAGAAGGCCUUAAAGUAUGUCCGCGGGUUGCUGCAGACAGAGCCCCAGAACAACCAGGCCAAGGAACUGGAGCGGCUCAUUGACAAGGCCAUGAAGAAAGAUGGACUCGUGGGCAUGGCCAUCGUGGGAGGCAUGGCCCUCGGUGUGGCGGGACUGGCCGGACUCAUCGGACUUGCUGUGUCCAAGUCCAAAUCCUGAAGGAGGCGUGGGAGCCCGUGGAGAACGCUCCAGGAGGGCCCAUCCAUCCUUGCUGUCCCUUCCCUGUUCUCCCCCUGCACCCCUGUCUCUGUCCUCUGUGGCCUUCAACUAACUUCUGCUCCCCUGAGACCCGUUCUUCAGCCCCAAAUCAUGUGCUUUGGGAUGAGUGUAAAUAAAACGGGACUGUGGCUUGGGAA